AUGCACGACAUAUGGGAAGUAGGCAGCAUCCUCGUACUGCUGCUGGUCAUUCUCAUAGCUGUCUUGUCCAUCUACUCCAGCAAGCUCUUCUCCGUAGACAAGAGGAACCACUCCCUCGAAGCCAAGCUCAGAGAGGUAUUGAUCUCGAUCAAAGAUCAGAAGCAGAAGCAGAAGAAGAUGCAGGACUACAUCUACUCCCUCGAGGCUCAGCUGCUAUGCUCCUGCCAGGUGCCGAGGGCAACGAGGACGCCGUCGAUCGGGUCGACAGGAUCGGAUGCAGAAAGCAUGAUGAGCGAUAUUGACAGUCCUCAGGUCUUGGGAGGGUAUCAAUGGAUGUCACAAUCCUUCACAGACUCGAAGGGGAAGAGGAGGUCUCCCAAGAAGUGCAGGAGCCCCAUCAGACGAGCUACAAGUGUCUGCGGCUCCUCCUGCAUGUCCCUUACCAAGGAGGAGAGGACGACCCUCGCGGGGUACAAGCGCCUCUCCCCCAACAACGUGGACUAUUCAGUCUUCCCCCACAACCUCCACUUCGACGACAACCUUCACAUCCCGGACUUCCUGUGUGGGGAGGAGCUGUUCGACAUCGAGGAGAAGUCCAGCACGCAGCACAUGCACGGCUGCUCGUCAUGCACCAACAUCAGCGACCUGAAGCGAGCGCCGAGCCAGAGCAGUGGGUCGAGGUUCUACGCCAACGUGGUGAGGGAGAAGAGCGGGUACAGCAGCGGGAAGUGA